UGGUGAUAUAUAUACACACACAAAGCAAAGCCAGACUUUCCACAUCCCCUUAGUUUUAUUUGUGUCUAUCAUCUAGGGUUUGUGUCAAUUUCACAAUGCAACCAGCACAAGCAGCUCCGAUCAACCCCACACAAUACCAACAACAACAGCAAUGGUAUCACCAACAGUCUCAGUACCAGCAACCUCCCCAGCAGCCGCCGCAGCAGUACGCGCCGCCGCCGCAGCAGUACGCGCCGCCUCAGCAGCAGUACGCGCCGCCGCCGCAGCAGCCGGUGUAUUACCCGCAACAAGCUGCUGUUGCGCCACCGCAGCAAGCGCAAGCGGCGGGAGAUGAGAUUCGGACGCUGUGGAUCGGAGAUCUGCAGUAUUUUAUGGACGAGAAUUAUCUGUUGAGCUGCUUUAGUCAAUCUGGAGAGGUUGUGUCUGCAAAAGUUAUUCGUAACAAGUCAAAUGGUCAGCCGGAAGGCUAUGGCUUCAUUGAAUUUGUGAGUCGUGCUGCUGCUGAGAGAAAUUUGCAGACGUUUAAUGGAACACCGAUGCCAAAUGUUCAGCAAAAUUUUAGGCUGAAUUGGGCGUCUUUUGGGGUGGGAGAAAAGCGCCCUGAUGACAUGAUUGAGUAUACAAUAUUUGUUGGGGAUCUGGCUCCGGAUGUUUCUGACUACACUCUUCAAGAGACUUUUAGGGCGUACUAUCCUUCAGUUAGAGGAGCUAAGGUUGUAAUUGAUAAGGACACAUCCCGCUCUAAGGGUUAUGGGUUUGUGAAGUUUGGAGAUGAGAGUGAACAGCUGCGAGCUAUGACUGAGAUGAAUGGAAGUAUGUGUUCAAGUAGGCCCAUGCGUAUUGGUCCGGCUGCUAACAAGAAGAGUACAGGAAUUCAGCAACCCACAAAAGCCGCAUAUACUCAAGGAGCUCAAAGUGAGGAUGAUCCAAAUAAUACUACAAUUUUUGUUGGUGGUUUGGAUCCUAGUGUGUCUGAAGAAUAUUUGAGGCAAGUGUUUGGCGCAUAUGGGCAAUUGGAACAUGUGAAAAUUCCUGUUGGAAAGCGAUGCGGGUUUGUUCAAUUUGCUGAAAGAGCUCGUGCUGAGGAGGCUUUGAAUGGUUUGAAUGGGAGUCAGUUGGGUGGACAAAAUAUUAGACUUUCUUGGGGACGUACUCCUUCAAACAAACAGACUCAGGUAGAUCCGAACCAGUGGAAUGGUGGUGGUGCUGGGUAUUACGGAUAUGGACAGGGAUACGAGACUUAUGGAUAUGCACCACCUUCCCAGGGUCCCAAUAUUUCCUAUGGAGGUUACCCAGGUUAUGGAAAUUACCCUCAGAAUCAGCAGCAGCAGCAGCAACAGUAGUAGAGACGCAGUGAUUUGCUGGGUCAAUGACAUUUACAAGAAGCUAGCUAGCAUGGGAAUUGAUCGACUUGAUUUGCAGAUUUUCCCGAGGAAGUGCAUCUACAAGUUUUAUUUAUUGCCUAAGAUCAGGGUUUCAUGUUCAGUUCUGUAGUCUAUCACCUAUGUUAAUGUUAAUGUUCAAUAUUGCUUAAAUUAUCUGUUUUGAAAAUGCUGUUCCCAGUCCCAAAUUUUAGUCUCUGAGAACCAUUACAGUGGUACUUGUGUUAAGUUGGGUAAUUGUUUUAAGUUGAUAUUAUGCUUUUGAUGGGUA